CAACAAUUGUUACAACGACGAGCUAUAAAGGAGCCUUUUCCCACCAGAUCAAAACAACAAAGACAACAGGAAAAGUGAAAGCAUGUGGAGACGCUCAUUCCAACAGGUCAGACGCCAGUCCACUCACGUGUUGAAGAGUGAUAUCAACAUCACCAGAAGCGGAGAGGUUAAGAUUGCAAGCGGACUCAAUGGUCGUUCUUCCAGAACCGGUUACACUGCUACUGUUUUCGGGGCCUCUGGGUUCUUGGGCAGCUAUUUGACCUCGAGACUGGCCAAGAACGGUACCGUGACAGUGGUGCCAUUCAGGGACGACAUGAAGAAGCGUUUCCUCAAAGUGCCAGGCGAUUUGGGCGUUGUGAACUUUGUCGAGUUUGACCUGAGAAACUUGGAGUCCAUAAACGAAGCUGUGAGAAUGAGCGACAUCGUUUACAACUUGGUCGGUGUUGAUGCGCACACCAAGAACUUCUCCAUGGCCGAUGUCAACAUUGAAGGUGCCAGACGUAUUGCCCGUGCUGCCGCUGAGAACGGUGUUCCAAGAUUGGUUCAUGUUAGUGCAUACAACGCCCAGAAGGACUCCCCAUCCGUGUUUUACGCUACAAAGGCAUACGGUGAAGAGGCUGUCUUGGAGGAGUACCCAGACGCCACCAUUGUUAGACCAGGUAUGAUUUACGGUAGAGAGGACAGAUUCUUGAACGAGUUGGGUAACCAGUUUAGACUCUUUACAGUUAACCACAUGAAGGAAACUUUGCUCCCAGUCCACGUCCAGGACGUUGCUGCUGCCUUGGAGAAGAUUGGUUUUGAUGACUCCACGACCGGUAAGCUGUACGAGCUCAACGGACCAGAGAGAUUCUCAGUCAAGGAGAUUAGACAGCUGAUUGAAGCUGUGACCAAACGUCACUACACAAACGUCAACGUUCCAAAGGCCGUUGCUUUGAAGUACGCUGAGCUGUUACAAUAUGUGUGGUGGCCAUUGUUGAACCCAGACCAGGUGGAGAGACAAUAUCAUGACCAAGUUGUCGAUCCAAAUGCAUUGGGCUUCAAGGAUUUGGGUAUAGAGCCAGCUCGUUUGCAAGAUUUGGUGUACCGUUACACUUUCUACCUCAGAGAUAACAUGCACCAACAAGACUUGCCUCCAACUGCAAAGGAUCUUAAGGCUAAGAAGACCUUUAUCACUUUGACCGAUUGAAGGAGAUGACAACUCUUGUUUCCGUUAUUUAUUUUAUUUAUUUUCAUUAUAUAAGGAAAAACACACACAACAUCUAUUUAUUGAAUUCCAAUACGUUAUUUAUAUA